ACCAAGCAAAUACACUCCGUCACGAUAUAAUUAUAAACCUCUCCUCUCUUCUUUUCUUCCUUCUAAUUUUAAACUUCACCCAUUCACCUUUCGGUGUUUUCAGAUCGAUUUGCCUUUUCAAUUUCAUCUGUUUUUAGAUAAUGGAAUCCAAGGAGGAAGUUCAUAGUGAUGAUGGAUCUUUUGAAUUGAUCGACUUUGAUGAUUACGCUGUGAACAUGGAAGAUAUGAAUAUAAAAGCUGAUUUCUUUAGCAACAGGGAUAUCUCCAGUGAUGGUUCUUAUGACUUCCUUUCUUCUGAACUAUCUGAUAUACUUGUUCUAACAGAAGGAGAAGCUUCUACUUACGAAGACCUUUCUGCUCAAAUCAAAUUCUUUUCACUCGAAUCAGAAAAUGAAGCCAAAUCUGAUCCUUCAGAAGAAGAAGAAGAAGAGUUUUCAGGCAUGGAUUUUCCUGAUAGUGUCGAUAUGAGUAGGAAGCGAAAUUUUAUGACCAUGGCUUAUGAGAACUCGAAUUUUGAUGUUCAUGAUUACCCUUUUCACAUAAAGUUAAAGGAUAACAUAACAAUAAAAGAAAUGGCAAAAAACCACAUCCUUCGUUACCUUCCAGCGAAAUCAUUAGCUAAGUGUCAACUUGUUUCUAAAGAAUGGGAUUUAUGGAUUUCAAGCCCAUUUUUCGCACACACCCAAAGUCGAUACUUCAGUCAAACCUCUGGUUUCUUUCAAGAUGAUGCUGAAACUAUUCGUUUCAUCUCUCUUGACAACUCUUCUUAUGGGGUUCCUUACCCUUCCCUUUAUUUCCUUCCACAAAAGGUUUCUAUAAAAAGCUCUUGCAAUGGGUUGCUUCUUUGUCAAGCUUCUGAUGAUGAAAAUGAAAUUUACGUUUGUAACCCUGCAAACAAAGAGUGGAUUCAGCUUCCUAAUUCUGGUUACUACCAUGGAAAAGAACCAAAAAAUGUGCUUGCUUUUGAACCUUCUUCUCUAAACUUUGAGCCACGUUAUCAAGUUAUAUGCCCUUUCUCUGUUCCUGGUGAGGGACCCAUUUUGUAUUUUGACAUUUAUGAUUCAAAUACAAAAUCUUGGAGGACUUGCGAUGAGAUAUGUCUCGAUUUCGAUGAAUCCGAUGUUAAAAGUGAAGGUCUUUAUGUAAAUGGAAUUGUUUAUUGGGAAACUACACGUGGCGAGUUGUUGGCAUUUGAUUUGAAAAAUGAGUUUUACAGUGUUCAGAAGCUUCCGUUAGGUGGUGCAUUGUCGAAGGUCAAUGGAGAGUUAUGCUAUGUCAAAGGGUAUUAUUGUCAUUCCAUCAAAAUGUGUGUAUUGGAUGUUUAUGGUGGUGGUGUUAUGUCUUUGAAAAGUACAAUGAGUGUUGAUGUUCGUCUUGAUGGUGUCGAAGAUGGUGAGAUGGUUGAUUGCAGAGUUUUGGGUAAUUCAUGCGAUGAUGUUGUCGCUUUUACCUUGGAGAAGUCUCAAGGGCAGAAUUGUCUUUUUGCUUAUCAUAUGAAGGAUCAAAAGGUUGAAGGCCCAUGUUCCCUACCGGAUCGCCGAACUCAGUCGCUGCUCCCCCCCUGCCGACCUCCGCCGCUGCUCACCGUUGGGAUACCUCUGUUCUGUGCUCUCCGGCCCUCUCGUUCACAAAGGGUUUUGAUUAUGGAGGUCAAAGAGGAAGUUCAUAGUGAUGGAUCUUACGAAUUCGUCGAUUUGGAUGAUAUCUCUAGUAACAUGGAUCGAUCCAGUGAUGGUUCUUAUGACUUCCUUUCUGAAGAAGAAGAAGAAGAAGAAGCUUCAAACACUACACCUGUUAAUGAGGACAAUACACAAAUCAAAUCUUGUUCGUUAGAUUUACCAAAUGAGGAUUCAAAAUUCGAGGAUUCAACCAACUCUCAUGAUGAAGAUGAUGUUGAUGAAGAAGAUGGUGAAGAUGAAGAUGAUGAUGAUGAAGAAGAUGAUGUUGAUGAAGAAGAAGAUGACGAUGAUGAUGAUGAUGAUGAUGAUGAUGAUGAUGAUGAUGAUGAUGAUGAUGAUGAGGAUGAAGAAGAUGAUGAGGAUGAUGAUGAAGAAGAAGAUGAUGAUGAGGAAGAAGACGAUGAUGAUGAUGAUGAUGAUGAUGAAGAAGAUGAGGAUGAGGAUGAAGAAGAUGAUGAGGAUGAUGAGAAUGAAGAAGAUGAAGAUGAUGAUGAGGAUGAAGAAGAAGAUGAAGAAGAUGAAGAUGAAGAUGAUGAUGAGGAUGAUGAGAAUAAAGAUGAUGAUGAUGAUGAGGAGGAGGAGGAGGAUGAAGAAGAAGGUGGAGAAUAUGAAGAUGAUGAUGAGGAUGGAGAAGAUGAAGAAGAAAAUGAUGAUAAAGAAGGAAUGGAGUUUCUUGCUAGUAACGAUAUGAAUAAAAAGCAGAAGUUAGCGUUGAUGCCUAAUUAUCAUAAGUUAAAGGAAGAAAUAACGAUACAAUACUUGGCAAAAACCCACAUCCUUCCUUACCUUCCAGCCAAAUCAUUAGCCAGGUGUAAACUUGUCUCUAAAGAAUGGGAUUCAUGGAUAUCAGGUCCAUUCUUCACCCACACCCAAAGUCAAUUUAGUCAAACUUCAGGUAUCUUUGAAGACGAAUUUGGAUCAAUUCGUUUCAUCUCCCUUGACCACUUCACUUAUGGGGUUCCUUUACCUUCUUUAAAUUUCCUCCCAAAAGAAGUUUCCAUAAAAAGCUCAUGCAACGGGUUACUUCUUUGUCAAGAUGAAAACGAAAAUUACGUUUGUAACCCUGCAAACAAAGAGUUCAUCAAGCUUCCAAAUUCUAGUUACUACCAUAGCCAAGAAGCAAAAAUUGUGCUUGCUUUUGAACCUUAUCUUUUAAAUUUCCAGCCAUCUUAUCAUGUUAUAUGCCCGUUCUCUAUUCCUGGUGAAGAACCCAUUUUGUAUGUUGACAUUUAUGAUUCAAAUACAAAAUCUUGGAGGGUUUCUGAAGAAAUAUGUGUAGAUUUGAAUGAAUCUGAUGUGAAAAGCGAGGGUGUUUUUGUAAAUGGAGUUGUUUACUGGGAAACGACAGGUGGCGAGUUGUUAGCCUUUGAUUUGAAGCAUGAAAUCCUUAGUGUUCAAAUACUCCCCGGAGGUGGUGCAUUGUCGAAGGUCCACGGAGAGUUAUGCUAUGUCAAAGGGCAUUAUCGCAAUUCUACCAAAAAGUGUGUGUUGAAUGUUUAUCGUGGUGGUCUUCGGUCAUUGAAAAAUAGCAUGAGUUUUUUUGCUCCCAUUGACGAUGUUAAAAAAGGUGACGUGGUUGAUUGUAGUGUUUUGGGUAAUUCAUGUGAUGAUGUUGUUGGUGUGAUUUUGAAGAAGUCGUGUGAAGAGCUGAAUCGUCUUUUUGUUUAUCAUGUGAAAGAUGGAAAGGUAGAAGGCCCAUGGUUUAUCUCGGGUUCUGGUUUUAAUAAGUUGUUGCCUUAUGCUAAUAGCCUUGUCUCCAUUGCUUAA